AUGAUUUCCGUCCUGAGAAGGCGUCGAGAUCAUGGCAAUUACCGUACAUUCGCUCGCCCACGCGAUCAUGGUGUAUCCUUCUACCGUGGCACAAACACUGUACUUGUCGACUGGCCGGAAGGGAAAAUCGCUGGCGCUACUGGUAUUGAGGUACCGUUUGCUGGUGUCAAUGUUAUCUACAAUGCGUACGAUCUCGGGUUUCCUAACCCUCAACGGGCUCUUCGUGAACUGACAAAGGAUAAUCCUGACCCGCUAAAUCCUGGAACAGGACGGAAGAAAAGCCUUUUGGCGCAGCUCAAACGGAUUUGA